GUCUAUACCGCUCUUCCGGUAUGACAAGUCGGCGGCGAGAACAACAAUCCGGCCUCACUUACACACUUCGUAACGGAGACGAAGCACAGGCUUAGUCACCCCUUUUCCAACCCGGUCCGUCCGAUCUCUCUUCCGAAAAGGAGCAAUGACCGGACGUCCAAACCAACGGCACGAUCCGGCAAGGAUGGAGGGAGAUGUGCCUCUGUCAUCGGGAAACACACGCACGCCGGGGGAGGCAUGCAGCAGCCACACAUGGCUAACCAUCGCUCGCACCCCGGACCCAAAGCAGUCACCCAGCCAAACGCAAACCGAACCGGGCCACACCACCACACCGCAUCAUACACACACACACACACACACACCAUGCGGCAUAGCACAACGCAGCACACCCACCUUAGAUCAUCAACCCGCUCGCAGCCAAGCGUGCGUGAGAACGUGGGUGUACGUUUGCCUGGGUAAGAGUGCGAGAUCACGCGCGCGCGCGCGCGCGCCCCCCCUCUUGUCUUUGCCUCGUCUUUGCCUCGCCUCGCAGGACGCGAGGGUAAAGGGGCAGGGCAGGACAGGACAGAGGACAGAAGAGGGCAUCUCCAAAACGAGACGAGCGUGGAGUAGAGAAGCCUCCCAACCUUGUCCUUGUUUUAACGUUUUCUGCCUUGCCAUCUUCCUGAGACAGUAACCAGACCGCAAGAAACAAAUAAAAAGUUUCCCCUCCAAAUGGAAAAGUAGCCGCUCGAGAGGGGAAAAAAAAAGCUGAGCCAAUGCAAAAGGCGAAAAAGACAACCG